AUGACUGUCUGUCAAAAUAAUAUUAAUAACGGGUAUCCAGAUAUAGAUGAAGAUUUAUUGAUUGGAAAUAUAUCAGAAGUAAGUUAUAAGUUUAGAGAUAUAUUUUUCCAAUAAUUUGUUUUUUUCAGAUUGUUCCAAAUACUCUUUUUUUGCAUGCUUCAACGAAGAUGUCGAAGAACAAGUUGUUCGCGGAAGAAUAUCAUAUGUUUCUUUUCAUGGAAAGUUUCAUUAUGAGCCAUUUUAUCAAGAUUUUGGACCAUGGAAUCUGUCAGUUUUGUAUAGAUUAUGUACACAUAUAGAUAAUCAUGUAGAGGUAUCAUUUUUUUUAAAUUAAAAUUGAUUAAUCGAUUUUGUUUUGUAGGUGGAAACUAAACGCGGUCGUAAAAUAGUAAUAUACUGUUGUGAUCGGAGAAAUGGAGAAUUUGAUCGAGUCCGAGUUAAUUGCGCAUAUGUUCUUGCUUCUUAUCUCAUAAUAUAUCAUGGUCUAACUGCCGAUGACGCAUUUCUUGCUGUUAGUUCUUCUCAACCACCAAAAUAUAUUGGUUUUCGAGAUGCUUCGAUGGGAGAACCUACUUAUCUUUUACAACUUCAUCAAGUUCUCAGAGGUGUUGAAAAAGCUUUAAAACACGGAUGGUUGGAUUUCAGUGAUUUCGAUUAUCAAGAAUAUGAAUAUUAUGAAAAAGUCGAGAAUGGAGAUUUCAAUUGGAUAAUACCAGAUAAGAUUUUGAGUUUUUGUGGACCACACAAUGAAAGUAGAAUUGAUGAUGGAUAUCCUUAUCAUGCACCAAGUCUUUAUUUUGAAUAUUUUCGAGCUCGUGGAAUAUCAACAAUUGUUAGAUUAAAUGCCAAAAACUAUGAUGCGAAUAAAUUUAUUCGCGCUGGUUUUGAUCAUGUUGAUCUAUUUUUCGUCGAUGGAAGUACACCUUCAGAUGAAAUUGUUGAGAAGUUCAUAAAAAUAGUGGAUAAUGCAAAAGGAGGUGUUGCUGUUCAUUGUAAAGCUGGAUUAGGAAGAACUGGAACAUUGAUUGCAUGUUGGAUGAUGAAAGAAUAUGGAUUGACUGCUUGCGAAUGUAUGGCUUGGUUAAGAAUAUGUAGACCUGGAAGUGUUAUUGGACCACAACAACGCUUUUUGGUUAGUUUUUUCAAUGGGGAACAUUUUGAAUAUUCUGAAUACUUUAGAACUUUGAAAACAAACAUUUUUUUGUAAAUUUGAAAUGUUGACAAAUUUUUCAAUUUUUGCAGAUUGACAAACAAAAAAUGUGUUGGGCUAUGUCAAAAUCAAAUGGAGUUCAUCUUCCAAAAGGAGCAAUAAAAGAUGCAUCGAAAAAAGGAGCAUUGAAUAAACUAACCAAUAAAAUUGAUAAAAUCCAUCUUGAUAACAAGGAAACUGAGUCGAAUGGAAAUCCUACAAAAUCUCAGGAAAAUAAAAGACCUCGCCCAAAUAUUUUGCCACUUCGAAGAAAAACAUCUGCACAAAAAUUGGAUCAACAAAAUGGAAAUGUUUCUGGAAACGAUAAACAUGUGGCUGAUGAAACAGCUUUGGAUGAAAAAGGAAGAUCACAAGGAGAUCGAUUAUUAGCUCUAAAAGCAAAACAUCAACAUGAAAAAACAAAUCAAAAAGAGCAAAGAUCAAUGACAUUACCAAGUCAAGCAUAUUUAAAUAAGAAUAGAGAACCGAUGCCACGUAGACAACAUUCUCCUCCUCAACAACAACAAAGAUCUCCAAUUAUGUAUCGAACAAGGACACCUGGAGUAUCAACAAAUUUAUCAAGAACUGUAAGUUGUUUUUUUUUUCGUCUUCUUAUAGAUAUUUGGAAACUUCCUAUUUAUUUUUAUCAAAUAUUUCAGGGAAAUGAACGAUACAGAUUUCAGACAGCCUUAUUUUUACAGGUGAUAAUGAAAGUGUAACACUUGAGAAUAACGCUUGAAAAUAAACAAACAUUAAUUUUUGAUCUGAUUUCUACUAAAAUCAAAUAUUUACCUGAUUGUGAACCCUAUGUCACCUUUUUAUUUUCAGCCAGCUUCUGCUAUUUUUCCCUCAAUGGCUUCUCGUCGAAGUGAUGUUUCUCGUUUUUCGUCUCCAACAACUCCAAUUAAACCAAUGUCACCAUCCGCUAAUUCAACAUGUUCGAUUAGUGGAAUAUCUUCUCUGAGACUUCGACAACAGCGACUACGCGAUGUUUCAUCGUCGUCUUCACAAAUUGCACCAUCGCCACAGGUUUGUCUUUUUUUUUGUUGAAAUUUUUUGGAUCGGAUCGAAUAUUCUAUAGAGUUCGUCUCUGACAGAACUUUCAAAGUCUUUGCCAAAAAUAUAGUAAGGUGUAUUUUUGAGUGCGCGACUUUCCCUUCAAAAAUUCUUCCCCGCCCGGUUUUUUGAUUUGGUUGAAGUGCUUUGUGCUUGUGGUUUUAUUUUGGUUCUCCCCUUCUCAAUUUUCCAUUUUUUUCAACAACAAAAAUUCCAGUGACAACAAGCCCUUUAUCAAUUAGAUAGAAAAACCCAUAAAAUAUAGUUGACCCUUAAUAAAAAAAAAUAAAUAAGAGUUGUACUUUUUUGAACUCUUGACGUUUGGAAUUUGAAAAAAAAGAGAUUUUCGGGAUUGCAUGUUCUGUUGUGUUUUCAGUUUGGUUUGAUUCGUCUACCUGCCAAUUCAUAUACUCGACCUCUUACUCCACACAAUUAUUCGACUCGUUCAACAAGUUCAAUGAUUAAAAUUGCUCCAACUACCUCAAAUUGCUCAUUAAAAUCAACCAGCACACCGAAAACCUCAAAACAAUAG